AGGAGAAGGAGAAGGAGGCGGAGGCGGAGGGAGGAGGAAGCCCCGUCGCGGCCUCCGCCGCCGCCAACGGGGCUGUCCCUGUACCUCCCGAUGGAGUUUGAGGCCGUGAAGCCGCCGCCGAGCUCUGCCCCGGCGAGACGAGGCGCUUCCGUCGCCGAGCCGCGCGGUCGCGGGGCUCCCGGGAGCGGCCCUUAGCGACCCCGCCCGGUCCCCCUCAGCUUACAAAACACUAUCCAGCAAAAUAAUGAUCUGCUAGACUGCUAACCCGAGAAUCCAGCUUCCACAAUGCCUGUGCAGGCAGCUCAAUGGACAGAAUUUCUGUCCUGUCCAAUCUGCUAUAAUGAAUUUGAUGAGAAUGUGCACAAACCCAUCAGUUUAGGUUGUUCACACACUGUUUGCAAGACCUGCUUGAAUAAACUUCACCGAAAAGCUUGUCCUUUUGAUCAGACUGCCAUCAACACAGACAUUGAUGUGCUUCCUGUCAACUUCGCACUUCUCCAGUUAGUUGGAGCCCAGGUACCAGAUCAUCAAUCAGUAAAGUUAAGUAAUUUAGGUGAGAACAAACACUAUGAGGUUGCAAAGAAAUGUGUUGAGGAUUUGGCACUCUACUUAAAACCGCUAAGUGGAGGUAAAGGUGUAGCUAGUUUGAACCAGAGUGCACUGAGCCGUCCAAUGCAAAGGAAACUGGUGACACUUGUAAACUGUCAACUGGUGGAGGAAGAAGGUCGUGUAAGAGCCAUACGAGCAGCCCGUUCACUUGGAGAAAGAACUGUAACGGAACUAAUAUUACAGCACCAGAACCCUCAGCAAUUGUCUGCCAACUUAUGGGCUGCUGUCAGGGCUCGAGGAUGCCAGUUUCUAGGGCCAGCUAUGCAAGAAGAGGCCUUGAAGCUGGUGUUGCUGGCAUUAGAAGAUGGUUCUGCUCUCUCAAGGAAAGUUCUGGUACUUUUUGUUGUGCAAAGACUAGAACCAAGAUUUCCUCAGGCAUCAAAAACAAGUAUUGGUCAUGUUGUGCAACUACUGUAUCGAGCUUCUUGUUUUAAGGUUACCAAAAGGGACGAAGACUCUUCCCUGAUGCAGCUAAAGGAGGAAUUUCGGAGUUAUGAGGCUUUACGCAGAGAACAUGAUGCCCAAAUUGUUCAUAUUGCUAUGGAAGCAGGACUCCGUAUUUCACCUGAGCAGUGGUCUUCACUUCUGUAUGGUGACUUGGCGCAUAAAUCACACAUGCAGUCUAUCAUUGAUAAGCUGCAGUCUCCAGAAUCAUUUGCAAAGAGUGUUCAGGAAUUGACAAUUGUUUUGCAACGAACAGGUGACCCAGCUAACUUAAAUAGACUGAGGCCUCAUUUAGAGCUUCUUGCAAACAUAGACCCUAAUCCAGAUGCUGUUUCACCAACUUGGGAGCAGCUAGAAAAUGCAAUGGUAGCUGUUAAAACAGUGGUUCAUGGCCUUGUGGACUUCAUACAAAAUUAUAGUAGAAAAGGCCAUGAGACACCUCAGCCUCAGCCAAACAGCAAAUAUAAGACUAGCAUGUGCCGAGAUUUGCGACAGCAAGGAGGGUGUCCACGAGGAACAAAUUGUACUUUUGCCCAUUCUCAGGAAGAGCUUGAAAAGUAUCGAUUAAGGAACAAAAAGAUCAAUGCAACUGUAAGAACGUUUCCUCUUCUAAAUAAAGUUGGUGUAAACAACACUGUCACAACCACAGCCGGAAAUGUCAUUUCUGUCAUAGGAAGUACUGAAACAACGGGGAAAAUUGUUCCAAGUACAAACGGAAUUUCAAAUGCAGAAAACAGUGUUUCCCAGCUAAUUCCACGUAGUACUGACAGUACAUUAAGAGCUCUGGAGACUGUGAAGAAAGUGGGGAAGGUUGGCACUAAUGGUCAGAGUGCUGCUGGGCCUUCUGCAGAGUCUGUAACUGAAAAUAAAAUUGGUUCUCCACCCAAGACUCCUGUAAGUAAUAUAGCGGCUACCUCAGCUGGGCCCACUAAUGUUGGAACAGAGCUGAAUUCUGUGCCUCCAAAAUCCAGCCCAUUUAUAACUAGAGUACCAGUAUAUCCUCAGCAUUCUGAAAACAUUCAGUAUUUUCAAGAUCCAAGGACUCAGAUACCCUUUGAAGUCCCACAGUACCCACAGACAGGAUACUACCCACCACCUCCAACAGUACCAGCUGGUGUGGCUCCCUGUGUUCCUCGCUUUGUGAGGUCCAAUAAUGUUCCAGAGUCCUCCCUCCCACCUGCUUCCAUGCCAUAUGCUGAUCAUUACAGUACAUUUUCGCCUCGAGAUCGAAUGAAUUCUUCUCCUUACCAACCUCCUCCUCCGCAGCCGUAUGGACCAGUUCCUCCAGUACCUUCUGGAAUGUAUGCUCCUGUGUACGACAGCAGGCGCAUCUGGCGCCCCCCUAUGUACCAACGAGAUGACAUUAUUAGAAGCAAUUCUUUACCUCCAAUGGAUGUGAUGCACUCGUCUGUGUAUCAGACGUCUUUGCGGGAAAGAUAUAACUCAUUAGAUGGGUAUUAUUCAGUGGCUUGUCAGCCACCAAGUGAGCCAAGGACAACUGUGCCUUUACCAAGGGAACCUUGUGGUCAUUUGAAGACCAGUUGCGAGGAGCAGAUAAGAAGAAAGCCAGAGCAGUGGGCACAGUACCACACUCAGAAAGCACCUCUUGUCUCGUCAACUCUUCCUGUGGCAACACAGUCACCAACACCACCUUCUCCUCUAUUCAGUGUAGACUUUCGCACUGAUUUCUCUGAAAGUGUGAGUGGCACAAAAUUUGAAGAAGAUCAUCUUUCCCAUUAUUCCCCCUGGUCUUGUGGCACCAUAGGUUCCUGUAUAAAUGCUAUCGAUUCAGAGCCCAGAGAUGUAAUUGCUAAUUCAAAUGCUGUGUUAAUGGACCUGGACAGUGGAGAUGUUAAGAGAAGAGUGCAUUUAUUUGAAACUCAGAGAAGGACAAAAGAAGAAGAUCCAAUAAUUCCUUUUAGUGAUGGACCUAUCAUCUCAAAAUGGGGUGCAAUUUCUAGAUCUUCCCGUACAGGUUACCAUACCACGGAUCCUGUCCAGGCCACUGCUUCCCAAGGAAGUGCUACUAAACCUAUCAGUGUAUCAGAUUAUGUCCCUUAUGUCAAUGCUGUUGAUUCAAGAUGGAGUUCAUAUGGUAAUGAAGCUACGUCAUCAGCACAUUAUAUUGAACGGGACAGAUUCAUUGUUACUGAUUUAUCUGGUCAUAGAAAGCAUUCCAGUACUGGAGACCUUUUGAGCAUUGAACUUCAGCAGGCCAAGAGUAACUCAUUGCUUCUUCAGAGGGAGGCCAAUGCUCUGGCCAUGCAACAGAAGUGGAAUUCCCUGGAUGAAGGCCGUCACCUUACCUUAAAUCUUCUAAGCAAGGAAAUUGAACUGAGAAAUGGAGAGAGUGAUUAUACAGAAGAUGCAGCUGAUACUAAGCCUGAUAGGGAUAUAGAGUUAGAGCUUUCAGCACUUGAUACUGAUGAACCUGAUGGACAAGGUGAACAGAUUGAAGAGAUCCUGGACAUACAGCUUGGUAUCAGUUCUCAAAAUGAUCAGUUACUGAAUGGAACAGCAGUAGAAAAUGGGCAUCCAGUCCAACAACACCAAAAGGAGCCCCUGGAGCAGAAGAGACAGAGUUUAGGUGAAGACCAUGUGAUUCUGGAGGAGCAAAAAACAAUUCUGCCGGUAACUUCUUGCUUUAGUCAGCCACUCCCAGUGUCCAUUAGCAAUGCGAGUUGCCUCCCUCUUGCCACAUCUGUCAGUGUUGGCAACCUCAUUCUGAAAACUCAUGUUAUGUCUGAAGAUAAAAACGACUUUUUGAAACCUGUUGCAAAUGGGAAGAUGGUUAACAGCUGAAAAGAGGUUCAUCUUUCAAAUCUGUGACCAUACCAUGGAAGCAUUUACACUAGCUUUUUAUAUAUAUAAUAUAUAUUAUAUAAUGUAUAUUUUUUUUAAAAAAAAGAUAUUACUGGGGGCAUCCAUUUCCUGUGGACUCUUUGAUACUUCAAGCCCUCUUGCAUUAGCAUUAUGAAAAAAAAAAGAAAAUUUACUUUACUAGGGUAACACGUUCACUUUCCAGAAGUGAUUGGAAUUUGGACAUUUAACUUAAGCUUCAAGCAGCUUUUUAUGAGUUUGUAGCAAUCCGGUGCAGUAACUGAGCCAUUUCCUAUUUUAAAUGGCUUCUAUAGAAAAUUAACAACUCAGUUAUUAAACUAGCAGGAUCCUACAAUGAUACAUCUAGUGAAAGUAGACUUAAUUAACUUAUUUAUUUCUAUUUUAUGUUUCACUGAGAGAAAUUUCCAUCUCAUUCCAGCUGCUUUAUUUAUCUUUUUCAUGGGACUUUGCAUGGAUUU